AUGGCGGCCGCCAUGGUGGCAUCUAAUACGGCAGCCCUGGGGGAGCCCAAUAUGGCGGCAGCCACGUUGGCAUCCAAUAUGGCGGCGCCCUUGUGUACGUCCAACAUGGCGGCGUCCUUAGAGGCAUCCAAGAUGGCGGCACCCUCGUGUACGUCAAACAUGGCGGCCACUCGGUCACGCUCAAUAUGGCGGCGCCCAUGCCCUCAUCCAAGAUGGCGGCGCCCUUGGGCGCACCCAAGAUGGCGCCGGCCCCGCCCUGGGCUGUUCCAUUGGGAGCCGCGGGAGGGGGGGAGGGGCAAGGGGCGGAGCUUGGGGCAGCUUCCGGCGAUGCUGUUCCGGGUCACGGGGGGGUUACGGGGGAGGCUGUUCCCCCUCCCCCCCCCCGCUCGCUCUUCCGCUGACCUCCCCCCCCCUGACCUCGCCCGCGAGCGCUCCAAGCACGUGACCGCCUUCUACCUGCAGCCGGCCAUUGACAGCGCGGCCGAGAGGCCCUUGGUGCGCCUGACCCCAACCACGAUGCUGUACUCGGGGCGCUCGCAGGAUGGGAGCCACAUCAUGCAGAGCGCCCGGUACCUGCAGCAGGAGCUCCCUGUCCGCAUUGCCCAUAGGAUCAGAGGCUUCCGGAGCCUUCCCUUCAUCAUCGGCUGUAACCCAACUAUACUGCACGUGCAUGAGCUCUACAUUCGAGCCUUCCAGAUGCUGAGUGACUUCCCCCCGAUCCAGUCUCCCAGUGACGAGUGCAGGUUCUGUUCCCUCCUGCGGCAGCUGCUGGAGGAUCACAAGGAUGUGGUCACACUGCUGGCUGAGGGGCUCAGGGAGUGCCGCAGACACAUACAGGAUGAGCACCUCAUCCGCAUGUUCCUGGAUGAGACCCUCACAUCCCGCUUGGGAAUGCGGAUGCUGGCAGCACAUCACCUGGCUCUGCAUGAGGAUAAGCCAGACUUCGUGGGCAUCAUCUGCACCCGACUCUCACCCAAGAAGCUCAUUGAGAAGUGGGUCGACUUCGCACGGCGCCUGUGCGAGCACCGCUAUGGGAACGCCCCCCGCGUGCGCAUCAAUGGUCACGUGGCCGCAAGGUUCCCAUAUAUCCCCCUGCCCCUGGACUAUGUCCUGCCCGAGCUGCUCAAGAACGCAAUGAGGGCCACCAUGGAGUCCCACCUGGACACCCCAUACAAUGUACCUGACAUCGUGGUCACCAUUGCCAACAAUGACAUCGACUUCAUCAUCCGGAUCUCAGACCGGGGGGGGGGCAUCCCCCAUGACCUCCUGGACAAGGUCACCCAGUAUCACUUCAGCACAGCCGAGGACAGUGCUCAGGACCCACGCUUGGGGGGCAGCCCCUUCCGGAGCCUGAUGGAGCCUGUGGGGCCCAUGCAUGGGUUCGGGUUCGGGCUGCCCACGUCACGUGCCUACGCUCAGUUCCUGCUGGGGUCACUGUCUCUGCAGUCCCUGCAGGGUCUGGGCACUGAUGUGUUCCUGAGGCUGCGGCACAUGGACGGCAGCGCCCAGAGCUUCCGGGUCUGACACCCUAUGGGGUCCUAUGGGGUCCUAUGGGGUCCUAUGGGGUCCUAUGGGUU